AUGUUGGAGCUGGAGGUAGUGCCCGAGAGAUCCCUCGGCUGCGAGCAGUGGGAAUUUAUUUUAGGUAUGCAUUUUUCUCAAUCAGUUUCGAUAAUACAAUCUCAAGUGGGCAUUAUAAGGGGAGUACAAGUACUUUAUAGCGAUAGUCAUCCUUUAGAUGUAGAUUUAGUAAUAAACUUACCUCACGACGGUGUACGGCUUAUAUUUGACCCAGUGGUGCAAAGGCUCAAAAUAAUUGAAAUUUAUAAUAUGAAAUUAGUCAAACUUAAAUACUGCGGUCUGCCGUUCGAUUCGCCGGAAGUUUUGCCAUCUAUCGAACAAAUUGAACAAUCGUUUGGAGCAACUCAUCCUGGUGUUUACGAUAGCGACAAACAAGUGUUUGUUUUAAAUUUUCGUGGAUUGUCAUUUUAUUUUCCCAUUGAUUCAAAGUUCCAACCUGGAUAUGCGCAUGGCUUAGGAUCACUACCAUUUCCAAAUGGGACUUCCCCCCUUGUAGCUAAAACAGCUAGAUACAUUGGUAAUAUGGCUAGCGGAAGUGGAACAGACGAGCAUAACUUGAAAGCACAUCCACCACCUUUACCGCUCGUCUGCUAUCACAACAAUUUGUAUUUAGAGAAGGUAGAUGUUAUGCGGGAUAAAGCGCGCACUCGAGGUUUGAGAUUGCAUUUUUUCACAGAAGGUAGCUCUGUAACUAGGGUAUUACUGGAGCCAAGGAAACGCUGCUGGACCAAAAAGGUAUUAUUUGGCGAUACUUGCGAAGAUGUGUUGAGCGCUUUGGGUGCACCAUCUCGGGUGUUUUUCAAAGCCGAGGACAAGAUGCGCAUUCAUAGUCCUCACGCGCACGAACAUGAUAAAAUAAGGCGAUCGGAUUUCUUCGAUAACUAUUUCACUUUAGGAUUGGACAUUUUAUUUGAGGCCAAAACCCAAUGUGUUAAGAAAUUUGUGUUACACACAAAUUACCCAGGGCAUUAUAAUUUUAAAAUGUAUCAUUGUAAAACGCUUUCGAACGAGCAAACUGAGGAAUGUAUGUUUGUAUUAAUGUAUUCGUUGGAGAAAAAAUUAUGUAUUAAGUAUGAGCUAAGAAGCAUGUAG